GCAGGGGGUGCCUGUGCGGAAUCGUGCAGGUUUUUUAUUUUUGUUAUUAUUAUUUAUUUAUUUUUUGGGAGGGGGAACGGGGGGGCGUAUGACAGGAAGAUGGGGAUAUGGCAAGGAGAGGGGGAUAUGGAGAGGAGGAGGAGGAUGUGGACGAGGAGGACGACGAGGAGUCAAGAUGGGGGAGGAGAAGAGAUGGACGGAGGGAAAAGAGGAAGGGCAGGAGGAGGAGGACGAGUGGGAGGAGAAGACAUGGACGGCGAGAAAGGGGAGGACAUGAGGAAGGGAAGGAGACGAGGAGGCAUGGAAGAUGAGGAAGUACGAGGAGGAGGAGGAGCCAAGGAGGAUGAGGAAGGGCAGGAGGAGGAGGACGAGUGGGAGGAGAAGACAUGGACGGCGAGAAAGGGGAGGACAUGAGGAAGGGAAGGAGACGAGGAGGCAUGGAAGAUGAGGAAGUACGAGGAGGAGGAGGAGCCAAGGAGGAUGAGGAAGGGCAGGAGGAGGAGAACGAACAGGAGGAGGAGGAGGAGACGGAAAGGAGAAGGGAGGAGGAGACAUGGAGGAUGAGGAAGGGGAGGAGGAGCAAGGUGAGGCAGUACUCCUGUAAAUGUUUUUUUCAUCUCGCUUAUAAUUUUGGCGGGGGGCCUCAAACGCACCGUUUGGACCCCGGCCUUUUUUUUUUUUUCUGAGGGGGGUGACGGUCGUUCUCCGCACACGUCGUGCGCCGUACGGGAUCGG